GGGCAGUGCCGGGCACUGCCGCUGUCAGCGCCGGCGCUCGCAGCGGGCUGUGCCCUCCUCCCUGCCUGCCCUGCCCCGCCGCCUUUCGCUUUGCUUUUACGCUCUUAUUUUUAAUUUUUUUUUUUUUUUUUAAACUUGGAAGAACCAUUGGGAAGCCCCCGCACGCCUUCCCCCGCGUACCGCAGCGCGUUCCCCUCGCGUUCCCCGGGCUGUCGGAGCCCGCUCCCCCUUCCCGACCCGCUCCAGGCUGGGCCUCUGCCGGGGUUUGGAAGCCGGGAGCGCCUCGGCACCGUCUGCCUUCCCCUCCCGGAGCCGCUCCUCUUCGCCAGCCCGAUAAAUGCUGUUUAUGAGGAUGGACCUGUUGAACUACCAGUACUUGGACAAGAUGAACAACAAUAUCGGCAUCCUGUGCUACGAAGGUGAAGCGGCGCUGAGAGGGGAGCCCCGAAUGCAGCCCCUGCAAUCCCCCGCGCUCAGCAACCACCGCACAGGCCCGCCGCCCAUCAGCCCCAGCAAGAGGAAGCUCAGCAUGGACCAAGGGGACGAGGAGCUGGACUGUGAAAACGACCACGUCUCCAAAAUGAGCCGCAUGUUCAACCCGCAUCUAACCAAGACUGCCAACGGGGAUUACCGGAAGGAGCAUCGGGAGCGGAGCCGCAGCCCCAUCGAGCGGGCGGCCGCCCCCACCAUGAGCCUCCACGCCAACCACAUGUACGCCUCCAUCCCCAGCCUGAGCAUGGAGCAGCCCCUAGCACUGACCAAAAACAGCGUGGAUGCGGCCAGGACAGUCGGCAUCGCCCCCAGCCUGAGCAGCGUGGAGCGGCAGCAGAACCGUCCCUCCGUGAUCACCUGUGCUUCUGCCAGCAACCGCAACUGCAACCUGUCCCACUGCCCCAUCGCCCACAGCGCCUGCUCCGGGGCUGCCUACAGGAGACCAUCCAGCUCCAGCGCUGCGUGUGACCCGGUGGUGGAGGAGCACUUCCGCAGGAGCCUCGGCAAGAACUACAAGGAGCCCGAGCCGGUGGCGAACUCGGUGUCCAUCACGGGCUCGGUGGAUGACCACUUUGCCAAAGCUCUGGGGGACACGUGGCUGCAGAUCAAGGCUGCCAAGGACGGCGUGGGCAGCAGCCCCGAGUCGGCGUCGCGGCGGGGCCAGGCGUCCCCUUCCUCCCACAUGGUCAACCACAAUCACUCGCCCUCCGUGGUCUCCUGAGGACAGGACCCUUCCUGUGGUGGAUUUGCAUGGUUUGACUGAGCUUGGAACAAGUGCUUACAUAGUGCUGGGGGAGGGGAGGUUAGUUUUGGACGCACGUUUUUGUGUACUCACUUUGUUGUUG